AUGGCAGGCAACCAGACGUGGAUCACAGAAGUCACCCUGCUGGGAUUCCAGGUGGACCCAGCACUGGAGUUGGUCCUCUUUGGACUUUUCUCUCUCUUCUAUACCCUCACCCUUCUGGGGAAUGGGGUCAUUCUGGGGCUUAUCUGCUUAGAUCCUAGACUUCACACCCCUAUGUACUUCUUCCUCUCCCACUUGGCCAUCAUUGACAUGUCCUAUGCUUCCAACAAUGUCCCCAAGAUGCUGGCAAAUCUUGUGAGCCAGAAAAGAACUAUCUUCUUUGUUCCUUGCAUUAUGCAGACAUUUCUCUAUCUGGCUUUCGCUCACACAGAGUGCCUGAUGUUGGUGGUGAUGUCCUAUGAUCGUUUUACAGCGAUCUGCCACCCCUUACGUUACACUGUCAUCAUGAGCUGGAAAGUGUGCUUGGUCCUGGUCAUCACUUCAUGGGCAUUUAGCUUCAUCUUGGCUCUGGUUCAUUUAGUUCUGAUCCUGAGGCUGCCCUUCUGUGUGCGUCAUGAAAUCAACCACUUCUUCUGUGAAAUCCUGUCUGUCCUCAAGCUGGCCUGUGCUGACACUAGGCUCAACCAAGUUGUCAUCUUUGCAUCCUGUGUUUUUAUCUUAGUCGGGCCCCUCUGUUUGGUGCUGGUCUCCUACACACGCAUCCUGUUUGCCAUCCUCAAGAUCCAGUCUGGGGAGGGCCGCAGAAAGGCCUUCUCCACCUGCUCCUCCCACCUCUGUGUGGUCGGGCUCUUCUUUGGCAGCCCCAUCGUCAUGUACAUGGCCCCCAAAUCCCGCCAUCCUGAGGAGCAGCAGAAGAUCCUUUCCCUGUUUUACAGUCUUUUCAACCCUAUGCUGAACCCGCUGAUCUACAGCCUGAGGAACGCAGAGGUCAAGGGGGCCCUGAGGAGAGUGCUGUGCAAGGAGAGGCCAGUGUGA